AUGGAAGUUCUGCUCCUAUUACUGGUCUUCCCAGCCGCCAUCUCUCCGCUGCAGUUCCCCGUGUAUCGGAUGCAGCAGUACAGCCUGGAGGGUCAGCCACAUGGGUGCAGGGCGGUGCAGGUGAACGCAGAGAGCAGAACCCUGGAUGCCGAGAUGCUGACCCGUCGCUGUGUCAUCAUGAGACUUACAGACUUCUCUAUGGAGAAAUGGACACGGAUCCUCUCCCAAUCUGCAGCCGCUGUGCUUAUACUAGUCCCCAUCAAUACUUCCACUGUGCUACAAGGCCCAGAGCAGUGUUUCAUGGACGGAGAGAUGGAGAUACUUAGGAAGGAAAUCCCCCUCCCUGUAUACUUUGCUCUAGAAGAUGAAGCUCUUCUGGAGAUGUAUGAAGAGAGCAGAGCAGUGUCCCUGUCUAUGACAUCAUCGUCCGCCUUGGAAGUCAUGUUUGGCAUGGUGAUGGGAAGCGGCUUCCAGAUGACAACCAGUGAGGUGCAGAGUAAACCCAUCCGCAAACCGGUUAUUGCCACCCUGGAGGGGCAUCUAGCGGGGCGCGGGGAAGUUGGCGAGCUCCCUACAGUUGUCGUUGUCGCCCAUUAUGACUCCUUCGGAGCGGCCCCGUGGCUGGCGUAUGGGGCAGAUUCUAAUGGCAGUGGGGUGUCUGUGCUUCUGGAAAUUAUUCGUCUCUUUCACUUAUUGUACAAUAACCCCCAGAGCCGGGCUAGGUAUAACCUUCUGUUCUCUCUCACCGGAGGAGGGAAGUUUAACUACCUGGGCAGCAAGCGCUGGAUAGAGGAACAUCUGGACCGUUCUGAAACCAGUGUUCUUCAUGAGAACGUGGCCUUCGUCCUGUGCCUGGACACACUAGCCAAUGGGGACUCUCUGCACCUGCACGUCUCACGGCCACCAGUGGAAGGGACCACGCAGUGGGAAUUCAUGCGGCAGCUGCAGGCGGUCACAGAGUCGCCCCCAUUCCAUGCGGUUAAUUUCUCACUAAUCCACAAGAAGAUUAAUUUGGGGGAAAACCUUUUGGCGUGGGAACAUGAGCAGUUUGGUCUGCGCCGUCUCCCGGCCUUCACAGUGUCACACCUGGACAGUCCCAGCCACCGCCUGAAGAACACCAUCUUAGACACCAGGUCUCAGGUAAAUGUAACUAAGCUGAGAAGGAACGCGGAAAUCCUGUGUGAAGCCCUGGCCAGGUUCCUCUAUAUGGACACCAUGAAGAAAAUGCCAGAGAACCUACAACUGUUUCAAGGAGAACUGGGCAUACAGGAGGAGCGGCUGUCGGCCAUUUUGGACUGGCUGGUUUCCCACCCUCGUGCUGCCCAGCUAAUUGAGCGGAACCACCCAAUGCUGUCCACCUUAGAGCAUCUCUUCAGAAGGCACCUGAAGGAUGUGAAGCGCCAUGUGUUCAAGCCAGACGACAGAAAUCCUGAGUUUGUGUUCUAUGAUCAGAUGAAACAGACAAUGACAUCACACAGGGUGAAACCCGCAGUGUUUGACCUAUUUAUGGCCCUGAUCAUUGCUGCCUACCUGGGCGUCAUACAUCAAGCCAUCCAGAAAUUCAGCUCCAUGUACAGCACAUUUGUCCGGCUAAUUACAAAGCAGAAGAGGAAAUAA